AUGAGUUUAUUAGAUACCCCUGACCAGAAACUACAAAGAUUGAUAGAGCAAUUGAACUUGGAUGUUGAGUCGCAAACUAUAGAACAAGUCGAGGCCGUACUAAACGAUACCAAAUUGAAAAGAGAGCGUGAGUUAAAGAUACUCAAAGACUCGAAUAAAAGACUAAGUUAUGAAAUCCAGCAAAAGACCAAGGAGAUAAAUCUUUUGAAUAAGAUUAAUGAUUAUAAUUAUGAGUUGAUAGACGCCAACUCGGCAAUUAGCGACUAUCAACUCCCUACCAAAGUAGAUAAAUCGGGAAACAUUUUUCAAGUGAUACAAAUCAAGUUGGAUGAAUUAGAGAAUCUACGAAUGCGGAUAAUCAAUGAGACAAGGGACAUUCAAACUUCGAUUGCAAAUUUGACAAAUAGGAGAAAUAACUUGAAUCGAGAAUUGAACGUACUACAAGAAGAGUUGAAUAACCCUGAUUUGGAAGUUGGCGAGAAGGAGGAAAUAUUGCAAAAUGAUGGGGAGAUUCAAAAGAUAUGUUUAUAUAGACAAUUAGGGAUACGGUUGGCAACGACAAACAACGAUACUGAUAAGAUCCCACUUUCUGGUGAAGAAAAAGAAGAGGAGGAGGAGAAUAAGAAUAUUGACGUUCCACUAGAAAAGGAUGUCAUUAUUAUAGAUAACGGCGAAUAUGCUACGUCCAUCACAAUCGAACCCGAGUAUUCAGAAAAAUAUAUUGCUGAUUACAUAUGGGACAAUCUAUGA